AUGGCUUCGUUAAAAGUUUAUUCAGUGGGCAGACUUGCCAAAUACGUCACUGAAUCAUCACUGAAGACCCUUCGAGCUAGUGUAUACAGAAGUACAACUCGCGGCUAUAGCACAGAGGAGAAGCAAGUGGAGCCGGAUUCAGAGCUGAAGCACCCGAGCACCAUCGAGGAGUGCCACAAGCAGAUCGAGACUCUGUCGGUGGAACUCAACGCGCUGAAAGUGCAGGCCAAAGAGUAUGAAGAUAAAUACAAGCGCGCCCUCGCCGACGGAGAGAACGUCCGACGUCGCAUGAUGAAGCAAGUUGAAGACGCCAAGUCCUUCGCCAUACAAAGCUUCUGCAAAGACCUGCUUGAUGUAGCGGACACGCUGGCGGCGGCGGCGGAGAGCGUCCCGGAGAGCGAGGUGUCGGAGGGCGGCGGCAGCGAGCCCGGCGCCGCCGCCGCGCUGCGCUCGCUGCACGACGGCGUGCGCCUCACGCGGGCGCAGCUCACACAGGUGUUCAGCAGACACGGCCUGGUGUCUGUCUCACCUCUAAGAGAGAAGUUCGAUCCCAACUUGCAUGAAGCACUCUUCCAGCAGGAGGUAGAGGGCGCCGAAGCGGGCACAGUAGUGGCUGUCAGCAAGGUCGGCUACAAGUUACACGAGCGAUGCGUGCGGCCCGCGCUCGUUGGGGUCGCCAAGUGAGUCGCGCGACCGACACGACGACACAGAUUAUAUAUGCAGGUAUAGUGAACGAAACGGAACGCUGAUAUAGCUAGGAAAUUUAUAAGUUAGGCCGUUGAUGUGUAGAAACUCUGGAUGCAGUGUCCCGAACGGUAGGCAUGGGAACUGAAGAUUUAAAAUGUUGGUUUUCGCGAAUUUAUAUUUAUUUACCAAUGCGUUAAAGUUGCUUUUUAGUAUUUGAGAAUAUUUGCUGCAAUAUACAGUUUUUAAUUAGUAUUAUUUGUGGCUAGUUUGGGUUGAUUUUGAAGGUCACAAGAUGGACAAUUUUAAUGCGAAAUAUUUGUUUGCUUUUUUACGACUCCCACACUAAGGAUUUGAGUCCUAUCGCGGGGUUAUUAAAAACUCACACAAAUAAUUGUCUUAGCGAGGAUUGAAAUCGCGACACGUCGCGCAAUAGCUUUUGCGUCGUGACCGAUACCACUUAAGACAAGACUAGCUGCUGCAUGUGGCUCGCCCGCUAUAAAUCCGAAAUGAUCCCACGGGAACGUCAAGUCGGGAUGUAAACUAUCGUAUGUACCAAAUUUAGUCCAAAUUGGUUGAGGAUUUUUUGCGUCAAAGAAUAAUAGACGUCCAUCCAUACUUGUAAACUUUCACGAUUAUAAUAUUAGUAGGAUUUUUGAGACAAUGCAUCCCGGGUUUUUUACAUAUCAAUGAACGAUGUCUAGGGAUUUAGAUUAUCGGCCAUAUUCAAGAACUACACUUUGCGAAGUGACGUCCGAAAAUGUCUCUUUGUCUCCACAUUACACGUGACAGUGACAAAGAAUGUCACUUGACUUUUUUUCAGUGUUAUUGUUGAAUACGGUCUUGAAUAGGCUUUAAUAGGUCAAGUGCGAGUCGCACUUAAAUGGUUCCGCACAUAAUUUGUAAUUUGAAACGCUUUUGUCAAAGCAAUAUUAAAAAUGGUCAAGUUAACUGUAAUUCGCAUUUUUUAUUGUUAUUCUUUAAGGUUCUGUAAGCCGUUUCGGUACGGAACUCUAAAUAUUGUCACAAUUCAAUAUUAUUGCUAUGAAAUGUUAAUUUUUUUUGGAAUUAUAUUUUUUCUGUUUGACCGAUCUACAAUUGUACUUAAAAUAGGGUUUAUGACUAUUCAAAUAUCAAUUUUGUCCGUCAAUUGUACAACUUUCAAAAAAUGUUCAAAAAAUUAACUUGGAUUUCCAUAAAAUAAUGUCGUCAGUAAAAACUGAUCUAAACCUCUAUGGGACAGUAUCUUUUUUUAAUGAAAUAGCAGCGCAGAGAGUUGUUUAAAAAAAUACCAAGUGUAUUUUUUUGUCUGUCUUGGACAUAAAAAAUAGUCAUAUACUCUAUGAUGCCAAUUUUUUUCAGUAUCGCUCUGUAAACGAAAUUUUUAAGUUAUUAAUUAAGAAAUAGAUUGUCGACUAUCAAAUUACAUUUAAUACAUAUUUUUGUACCAAACUGUGUGUAAGCCGCGGUUUAAAAGUGAGAGUGCUGUUAUGCUAUCCCCCGAAGACUAAAACGUAAGUAACUUGAAGUCGUUAGAGGUAUAUCUGUCGCCCUACACCUUAAAGUGACAGCAUGACACUUAAAUGCUACUUAAAGGUAUUUGACGUUUUAGUUUUCGACUAUAAAAAAGUGAAGUCGUGUUAUUUUUAGAUGACCAAAUAGUUUGUAAAUAUUCGAGAAAAUGGCGUUAAAUUUGGCUAUAUUUUAAUUGUAGAAUUAUUGUAUAAGUUUGAGAGAGAGAUUCUGGCAUUUAUUUAUAUUUGAUUCUUGAAACCCUCUUUUUUGAUGUCGGUUAAGAUGCAAUCGCAUUUAUUUUAGUACAAUGUUUAAUGAAGCUCUGGAAAUGACCUGCUGAGCAUUAAUGCUGUAAUAUACAUACAUGUAAAUAUGUAUGUAAAUUACAAUUGUUAGAAGAGAACUAACCGACAAUACUUUAUAUUACUCCGGUAUACUGCUCAGAUGGCGGUUUGAAGGGCCCGAAGAGCUUAAGCCACGGAUACACUAGGGGACAAAUGGAGCAACAUGUUCCUCAACAACUACGUGGAAUGUCGCCCGAGGAGACUGGCUAUUAGUGCUGCGUACAAACGCGACUACACUCUGUGACAAAUAACGCGUCACGUAAAAGGAGGGUGGUGUUGCGGGACUCUAUGCAAUGUUGCAGCGUCACGUAUAUUUUGUGUAGCGCGUCAUGUUGCGGGACAAAACGUUCCCUAGUGUAUCCGGGGCUUUAUUCAACGCUUCUCCUGUCUAAAACGCGUCUUUUAGAACUCUCUCUCGGUAGCGUCCGGUAGUGUUCCAUUGUAUAGUAGGUAUGACCGCAGCAUGUGAGACGUAUGGGUGGUAGAUGUUCCAAAUAUAUAUGGUUAUUGUUAAAA